AUGAAGGCGCCGAGGAGACCGAGGCAGACGCGUCUCCUCCCGCGGUUCUGCGUCUGUGGACUCGGUCUGCUCGCAGCCGCCUGGAUCUCUCACUUCAAGGAUCUUACAGGCUCCCGUGAAAGCACCGUGGAUCAUGACAUCUUGUCUAAGAGAGAGGUCAUCCAGCAAAAAGAAGACAACCAGACUGACAGUAUUUCUACAUCUGCCGUUGUUGAUUUUCCUGAAGACAUCUUUACUCUGGAGCAGAGGAGACAUGGAGCGGUGCUCCUUCAUGUUCUCUGCGCUAUCUACAUGUUUCAUGCGCUGGCCAUCGUGUGUGAUGUUUACUUUGUGCCAUCACUGGAAAAAGUCUCAGAGAACCUUCAGCUCAGUCAGGACGUUGCCGGGGCAACCUUCAUGGCAGCCGGGAGCUCCGCCCCCGAGCUCUUCACCUCUCUGAUUGGGGUGUUCAUCACAAAGGGAGACGUGGGUGUGGGGACUAUUGUUGGAUCAGCUGUCUUCAAUGUCCUGGUCAUCAUCGGCAUCUGCGGCAUCUUCUCUGGACAGCCCAUCUCUCUGAGCUGGUGGCCUUUGUUUCGUGAUGCCGUCUUCUACAUCGUGUCCAUAGUGGUGCUUAUCCUGGUGAUCUAUGAUGAGAAAGUCAUGUGGUGGGAGACCAUCAUCCUGAUCUCUAUGUACGGUAUCUACAUAAUCAUCAUGAAGUUCAACAGAUCUCUGUAUAGCCUGGUAGAGAGACACUGCAGCAGGGCAGGUCAGCCGUGUCUGAGCAGCCUGCGACGGACGACCGCUGUCGGAAGUGUUGGAGACUGUGACAACGACAUGGUGCCGCUGAAGCCAGAUUCAUGUGUGGUGGCCGGCCAGGAUUCAGGGGUGGUGAUGGUGGAUGAGAUGAUGAACCUGCACCCCCACCAGCUCUCCUUCUCAGAGGCAAGCCUCCGCCUUCUCAUCACCCCGCAUUUCCCCCCCUUCACCCGCCUGCACAUGGCAGGACGCAUGGUCAUCAACGAGAGGCAGAGGCUGAUUCGGGCUCGGGUCGGCCCAGAGGAGGGGGGAGCCUCGGGGGAGGAAAGUUUGGGUGCUAACGGGCCGUGGGGGAGGGAGAACGGGACAGUGGCCGAAAGAGACACGCAGCCGCUGGAGGAAGAGAGGGAGAUGGGUAAAGAGAUGGGGGGAGAGACGGGUGGGGAAGCACAGCUGAAAGAGGAAGAGGAGGAGGAGGAAGAGCAGGAGGAAGGAGAGGAGGAGAGCGCUCCUUUCAAGCCCUUCGUCUUGCCAGAUGGCUGGUGUGUGCGUCUGAAGUGGCUGCUCUCCUGGCCCGUGAGCGUGCUGCUUCACUGCACUGUCCCCGACUGUAGCCUGCCGCGGUGGGAACGCUGGUACCUGCUCACCUUCCUGGCGUCCACGCUCUGGAUAGCCCUAUUCUCCUACCUCAUGGUCUGGAUGGUGACCAUAAUCAGCUACACACUUGGAAUCCCGGACGUCAUCAUGGGAAUCACUUUUCUGGCAGCCGGCACCAGUGUCCCUGAUUGUAUGGCCAGCCUCAUUGUCGCCCGCCAAGGGAUGGGCGACAUGGCCGUGUCUAACUCCAUUGGCAGUAACAUCUUUGACGUGCUGCUGGGCCUGGGCUUCCCCUGGGCGCUGAGGACUCUCAUAGUCAGCUAUGGAUCAGUGGUGACAAUCAACAGCAAAGGCCUGGUGUACUCAGUGAUUCUGCUGCUGGCCUCAGUCACACUCACUGUCCUCUGUGUCCAUCUGAACUGCUGGAGGUUGGACCGCAGGCUGGGACUCUGUCUCCUUCUGCUCUACGCCAUCUUCCUCCUCUGCUCCAUCGGCUUCGAGAGGCUGUAG